CGUCAGCGUACUGACGUGGACGGCCGCAUUUGUGUUUGUCUGUGCCUCGUUUGACAGCCACUGAAAAAAAUAUUUCGCGCGUCUUUUGACAGCUGUUAGCGAACUUUUUGGUGCGCUCGGAUAUUAAACUAUUUUAUGUGUUGUUGCAUAAUAUUGUAACGAAGGAGGAUUUUAUGUGGUUGUGCUAAUUGUUUGGCUGUGCGGGCUAUUGAGACGUUAUUAAGUGAUGAAUCAGCGAACGCCGGCUAAUUAACAGCGUUACUGUUACGAAAACAAUCUUGUACCUUUGCAUCUAUAUCAGUUGGAUAUUUGCGGCGAUCCGGUAAAGGCACGGCGGCAAGCUGUUUUACCCUUAUUUGAAAACGUCCUCCCUCCAAAGGGACUUCCUGUUCGCCAGUGGCUCCGGUGGAAAUGCCAUAUACGCAAGCCCCACAUUACCGAGGGCACAGUAUGUGGGUCUCGACUCACACCAGGCGUCUUCUCUGCUAUACAAAGAGGACGAAUCGGGAUGCGAGGCUGAUAUGUUGGAAAGUGCAGAGGGGGGGCGGACCUCUCCCUCCCGGCCUCAGCAAGAGCCCAUCAACCUCAAGAAUGAGCAGGCGGAGUCGGACCGGGAAAGCGGCGCUAGUUCGCCGGAGGGUGGCGGACCGCGGGCGCAGCUAGCCGAGCCGCGGACCCCGUCGCCGCGCGAGCGCACGCCGCACCAACCCCACUUGAAUGGCUCUAUGGCAUCGAUGUUCCAAAACCUGCAAAACCUGGCGAACAUGCAACAAGGGAUGCCGAUUUCUCAGCAACAGAUGUCACAGCAGAUGUCGCAGCUGGCUGCGAAUCUCCAGGGUCUCACUUCCAUGCCGAACCCUGUCAUUAAUUCGCCACUUAAUUUGAGUGUUAGUGCACCAGGAAUGGGAUCACCAAACCCAGUGAGCAAUAAUAAUAUGCUACCACCAGCGAUGCCAUCACCGAUGCCCCAACUCAUACUCGCUUCUGGUCAGUUGGUUCAAGGAAUCCAGGGGGCACAGCUACUUAUACCGACCUCACAAGGAAUCGCAACCCAAACAAUCCUAACAAUACCGGUGAACCACGUGAACUCCAACGAUCAGAUGGUAAACUUAGCACUUAAUAACGGCCAAGUGGUCUCCACAUCCCUCGCCAACCUUCAAGCAAUGGCCCAGCCUCACCAACUACUAAACUCAAACCAGCAGCAGACAAACAUACGGCCGAACAUGCUGAACCCAUCUCUAUCAAACGCCUUAUUAAACCCCGGCUUGCCGAACUUCCUUUCGAACGGAGCAAGUAAUGCGCAGGAGUUGCUUCAAGCGUUACAACAACCGCAAGGGAAUCACAACCUUCUGCAGACGGUGCAACAGAACAAUAUGCCACAGCAGAUGCAAGGCAGACGGUCGUCAUCGCCCAGACCGGAUAGACAUUAUAAGGAGAGAGAAAACUUUGAGAGAUUCGUAGGUGGAUCCAGGGAGAGGAACGAAAGGGAUAACACAGGAGCGAAUGCAAUGAACAGUAUUAAUAGGCUGGCGUCAUCAAACGGUGAGAUUACCAUCACGACAUCGCACUCCAACGCCGGCCCAGGCAGCAGUACGGGAAGUGUGAGUUCCGGCCCAAACGCAUCGCCUCACGCGCCGGUCAAAAUGUCACCGGGUUCUGUCAAGUCUCCAUCACACGAGGAGAACGAUUUACUGGCUGAUUCACCAAAUCAACCGACAAUUAGCCAAUCAUCGGGCAACGUGGUGGAUGGCAUAAAUCUUGAAGACAUCAAAGAGUUUGCGAAAGCAUUCAAAUUACGGCGCCUUGGUUUAGGCCUCACUCAGACUCAAGUUGGUCAAGCCCUCUCAGUUACAGAAGGACCCGCGUACAGCCAGAGCGCUAUAUGCAGUGCCCUGGCUUCGCAGAUGCUAGCAGCUCAACUGUCUUCACAACAACAAAACAUAUUUGAGAAAUUGGAUAUAACACCAAAAAGUGCGCAGAAAAUCAAACCGGUGCUCGAACGUUGGAUGAAGGAAGCCGAGGAGAGGUAUGCAUCGGGCCAGAAUCAUCUAACGGACUUUAUCGGUAUGGAACCAAGUAAGAAGCGGAAACGGCGCACGUCCUUCACACCACAAGCCUUAGAACUCCUUAAUGCGCACUUCGAAAGAAAUACUCAUCCAUCAGGUACGGAAAUAACUGGUCUCGCGCAUCAACUAGGCUACGAACGUGAAGUUAUCAGAAUAUGGUUUUGCAACAAACGUCAGGCUUUGAAAAAUACUGUACGAAUGAUGUCAAAAGGAAUGGUCUAAUGUUACUGUCAUAUUUAACGUCAACUAUUUUAAUGUCUUAUUAUUGUCAUUUGUUUAAAACGCCUCUUGACCUGAAAAAAAUAGCUAUUUGACCUGGACAAACCACGUUAUUCAUAACAAAUCAGUCUUUUUACACAAUUUUAAAGUCUCUGUCAAAUUGUGUGUACGCUGUGGUGAAAAGACAUAUUAUUGUGACAGUGUAUUACGACUGAUCUAGUUUUAUGAAUAAAAGGAUGUCAGUAGCAGAUUCAAUAGACCCUCGUAGAUAUGAAAAUGGUUUGACAUAUCGUGACUUAAGUAACUGUCAAAAUGGUCUAAAAUCGAUGAAUUCGUUCAUAAACAAGGCGAACAGUUAUACCCUUAAUUUUAUCUAAAUAUCCUUGUUUUAAAAAUUGUUUGAUAAGUAAAAAGCUCUCUUAAACUACUUAUGUAUUCGAACUGAAGUUUUUGUCUCUUAUAUCCGUGUUUACGCUAUGACGAAAAGAGACAGAUCGAUUUAAAUCGUUAACUUUUUAGUUAGAUUUUCAGGGACAGCUGUUGAAAGGAUUAUUAUGAUUAGAUCAUUUUGCCCCUGUUUUAAGAAAGUGAUUAUAAUUAUUUCUUUAUUAUAUAAACACCGAUCUUUAAAUGCAUUUUAUAAGGACCGUGUUUUAAUAAUUCUUACGUCUAGCUACAAAAGCUGUAAACUAAUAUUUUGACAGAUUUGACAUAUUGGAAUACAGACAAUACGACAAAUAUUAUGCGACAGACGUAUAUAGCCUUAUUAAUCUUUAUUCAUAGAUUACCUCUAUCUAACACUUGAUCAUGUGACCUUUUCACGUCUGUCGGAUAGUACUUGUCUAGGUCACCGUUGUCUUUUGUCUUUGCGAUAAAUAUUUUAUCUUCGAUCCCCGUUCAUACAAAAGGGAGAUUUAAAAUUCGUUAUUUUAGCUUACGGUCUGGCCUUACUCGAAUCUGACGAUUCCAGCCAAGUUUAGUAAAGUAAUAAGUUUUUAAUGGAAUGUUUAUGUAAAAUAAAACAUUUUGACUGAUAUACUCGUCUCGAUGUAGCUAUUUUAACAAUAUAAAUUGUUCGUAGAAUAACUAGGUGUUUAGUACAAAAUUAAUAUUGGCUUUUCGUUUCCUUGAAUGAGUUGUGAAUGCAUUUUGUAAAUAAGUACAACGUGAAAUCUCAUAGUAAGGUUAUUUAUUUUUACUCUGAGUUCUUUUGUUUUUAGCGAAAUGUGCACCGUAUAGUUUAGAAUAUGUAGUGAAUGUGUCAGUCUUAGUGGCCUACCUUUUUCGACUCUUAGUUUUUCUGUUAUUAGAUAGAUAUAAAACAAUAUGUAUAAAUGCAUUGUCGUAAUGUAAAUAUUGUUCGUUUAGUUUAAAUGUAUUAUUAGUUGUAGUUUAGUAUAAGUUUUUAGCUUUGUAAGAUUUGUGUAUACAAGUUAGAAAUUUGUUGCGAUAAUUCUUGAAAGCCUUUAUUUCAAUGUUUGCGAAUACUCCAUUUGUUUUAACAUGUCACACGUUUAGCAGCAGGUCUGGAGUGCAUAUUUUUUGGAAUCCAACAAAACUAAUAAAAUUACCUCGCAUUUGGAAAGUAGAUUUUGAAAUAUAGAAUUUUCAAAAAAUUGAAAUUAUAUUUGAUUUAAGCAAUUGAAUCCAAAAUGUAUGCACGAUUUUUGACUUUUUCUUUUCAACUACCCUCACUAAACGGUUAUAUUUUGUACAUGACUCAGAUGGCGAUAGAUAAUAUUCCAAGUACCGACACCACUCAGAAUUUUACGGCGAAGAGCCCCAAACAUUUCCUAAUAGACCUACUGCUAUUCGUUCAGAAAUAGAUUUAAGACGUAAUUUAACGUAUGUUAAUGACCAAUGAAAACCAACUUGUGAUGAAUAAUAUUUGUACUGUUACCUACUACUUAACAAGAGUCGUUAAAAAAUAUUAUUAAAAAUAUUGAACAUAUUUUUCGGCUGUUGAAAAAAUUGUAAAUACAAUAUUAAGGAUAAUAAAACUAUUUGGAUUAAUAUUUAGGAACAAAAGGGAAAAAAUAUUAUCAAAAUUUAUAUUUUCAAAAAUUAUUACAAAUGCAAAAAAUGUGUAUUUAAAGUGGAGGGUUCGGCCAUAAUCAAAAUUAUCGUUAAACGGAUUUUUUACGACUUUGCACAUCACACACACAAACAAAUCAGUACGGUAUACAGUGUCUAUGUGCGAUGCGAUGUCUCAAUCAUAUUAAGGAAACAGGUUUUUCUUUACACCGACCGAUCCGGGAUUAAUUAAUCUAAUUAUAGAAUAAUAUUAUCAGAAACGAUACUACGUUUAUCCGAUAUUAAGCCGAAUACUUAAAUAGAUGUACCAUAGUGCUUUAUCGUUAAAUAAAAACCUGAUUCCCCUCAAACAUUAGCGUAAUAGUCAGCAUAGAAAUAAUGCUAAGUACAAAAUAAUUAAUUAAUUAUAAAACUGCUAGUCCGUUAUAAAAUAAAGUUUAUUAUAAUUGAGAGAUGGAUCGCAUCGCACCCUGGUUUUCAUACGCAAUUACAUAGUAAUAGUAGUUUAAAAAUUAUGGAAAUCUACACAUAACUUCAUCUGUAACACAUAUUCAAACCAAACUGUAACAGUAUCUAAUAGUGAUUAAUUUCUCUUCCUGUAAUGGUACCGAUUGAAUGAUAUGGCUGCUGGUUUAUGAAGAAAUGCAGAUUAAAGGCAGAUAACUGUUUGAA